UUCCGGUCCGGUCUUUUCCUUCUUAACGCGUUGUCUACGCUCUCCGCCACUUUGCUCCCUCUCCCGAGUCUUAUCGGCCCGGCCGGCGAAGAAUCCCAAGACGAAGGAGGCCAGAAAACCUGCGAGGACGCGAUGCUGCGAGCGUGCUGCCGGCCGCUGGAGCGGUGCUUCCGGUGGCCCGGCGCCGCCGGCGGGGGAGACGGGCUCCUCUGGCACUUGGAUCUGAAGCCUCACGCCUCCGGCGACUUCUCCAUCGCAGUCGUCCAGGCCAACUCCUCCCUGGAGGACCAGGGCCAGGUCCUCACCUCCCCCUCCGCCACCUUCGUCGGCGUCUUCGACGGGCACGGCGGCCCCGAGGCCUCCCGCUUCGUCAACAACCAUCUCUUCCCCCACCUCCACAAGUUCGCGUCGGAGCAAGGGGGGAUCUCGGCGGAGGUGAUAAGGAAGGCGUUCGACGCGACGGAGGAGGAGUUCUUGCACCUGGUGAAGCGGUCGUGGCCGUCGCGGCCGCAGAUCGCGUCGGUGGGAUCGUGCUGCCUCGUGGGAGCGAUCGCCGACGACGUGCUCUACGUGGCGAACCUGGGCGACUCGCGGGCGGUGCUCGGCCGGCGGGGGCCCGACGGGAAGGCCGUGGUGGCGGAGCGGCUGUCGAGGGACCACAACGUCGCCGAGGAGGAGGUCAGGAAGGAGCUCGCGGAGCUCCACCCGGAUGACUCCCACAUCGUGGUCUAUAAUCGAGGGGUCUGGCGGAUUAAGGGGAUCAUUCAGGUAUCAAGAUCUAUUGGCGAUGUCUACCUGAAGAAACCUGAUUUCUGUAGGGAUCCAUUAUUCCAGCAAUUUGUUUGUCCUAUUCCUCUGAAACGACCCGUCAUGACCGCAGAGCCUUCAAUUAAGACACAUAAGCUGGGACCGCAAGACUUAUUUUUGAUAUUUGCAUCAGAUGGCCUCUGGGAGCAGUUAAGUGAUGAAGUUGCCGUUGAUAUGGUCUUCAAGAACCCCAGAUCGGGAAUAGCAAGGCGAUUAGUGAAAGCGGCCCUCAACGAGGCUGCAAAGAAAAGGGAAAUGAGGUAUGAUGACCUUAAAAAAAUAGAGAAGGGAACAAGGCGCCACAUCCAUGAUGACAUUACUGUCAUAGUGAUCUAUCUUGAUCAGUGCCGAGGGGCAUCCAGAUCUGAUGGCAGCAUUCUUGACUGCACAUAUGCACCGGCCGAUAUUUUCUCCCUAAAUGCUGAAUUGGCGUAACCUUCUUGAUCCAUCCUCUGACUGAAGGCCACUAGAAGGUAAUUCGGCCAAGAGUAGAUACGCUGACCGUCCUCUGAACAAGAGUUAAUUUUAUGACAAGCAUACAUAGGUAUAACAAAUUGAGUUAUUACCAUGUAUGAGUUCUGCAAAGCUUCCUAUUUAAAAGAAAAGAAAUAGCAUGGUUGAGUUGUUUUUUCAAAUAAGAGUUACGAAGGAAUGGUGUAAAUAGUGGAUUUGCCGAGAGUUGUUGAUAUAUAUUAAUUCUAUUUAAAACACUUUUAUCAUUGGCUUCCA